AUGCUCAAGGCCCCCAACUUCAGGGACUCGGCCCCUGAAUUGAUUCCAUUCGAGCGCUAUGAACCGCUAGAUCCAGGUCUCUCUGUCAGCCAAGGGUGGGAGUCAAGGGCCAAGGAGGUGGAUAACUCAUUGAGGCAGCGCCGUAACUCUAGAGGCCAAUCAAGAUGCGCCUCUGACGACCGAGCCUCUCAGAGACAGCAGCGAGCGUAUCCCUGUUUCGCCGUCCGAGGGGGUGCGGAGCGAACAAGGUGCGAGUCUUGCGAGAGUCUAGCUCCAAGAAGAGAGCGAAACGAACGACCAGAGACGUCUGCGGCCUGA